ACAAAGAUCUUAAUCUCACAAGUCUCACAUUUUCUAGGUGAACCAACCAAAACCUAAAAUCUUUAAUUCCCUCUAUAGCUAGUGCUCUUUUCUCUUCUCGACAUACAACAAACCGUAAAAACAUGAAGAGAGACCGGUCCGAUUACGAAGAAUCCAUGAAGCAUAUAGACAUAGUAGAAAGUCUAAUGAUGUUAUCUCGAAGUUUCGUGGUCAAACAAAUCGAUGUAAAGCAAUCUACCGGAAGCAAAACCAAUCAUAAUAACCACUUCGAAUGCAAAACGUGUAACCGGAAAUUUGAUUCCUUCCAAGCUCUUGGAGGUCAUAGAGCUAGCCACAAGAAACCUAAGCUGAUCGUUGACCAAGAACAGGUGAAGCAUCGUAACAAUGAGAAUGAUAUGCAUAAGUGUACAAUUUGCGAUCAAAUGUUUGGGACCGGUCAAGCUCUAGGCGGUCACAUGAGAAAGCAUAGGACGAGCAUGAUAACCGAGCAAUCGGUUAUCCCUUCUGUUGUUUAUUCCAGACCGGUUUUGAAUCGAUGCAAUAGCAACAAGAAGAUCUUGGACUUAAAUCUAACUCCAUUAGAGAAUGAUCUUGUGUUAAUCUUUGGGAAGAAUUUGGUUCCACAAAUUGAUUUGAAGUUUGUGAAUUAGUAGGGUUUUAAACCUUUUUCUGUACUUUUGUUGUUGCAUUUUUCUUUCUUGCUACACAUUAUUUCAUUCUUUCCGUCAUGUAUGUAUACACAAUUUGUUUAAAUAAAAGGUUUCAAUUCUU